CCUAGUCAUUGACUUGCAAGUGCCUCUGACCUGCGCCGUUCUGCCAUGGUCUCGAGCGCCUGCCGAUGUCUCUGCAACAGUGACUGGCUGGCGGAGGAGUCCGCCGAUCUGGACUUCGACUCGCUGGGCGGAGCGCCGAUGCAGGCGGCGCGCUUCUCCGAUUUGUUGGCCUAUUCCACCGACAUGGGCCAGUCCUUGCGAGGCCGCCCCUUGCGCUCGGGCAACGUGUACUUCCUCCGUUCCGAGCAGCAGGCCGAGAAGGUCCAGGUGAAUUUGUAUGUGAAUGGCUUGGCCAUCACGCACCAUGGAAAGGAGGUGAGGGCCUGCUUCUCCCCCUUCACACUGGUGCGCAACUGCAAGUUCCUGGAUGCCGCGGCCUGCACCCAGUUAGUCUCCCUGAAGAUUUUCAAGAUCUUCUUCUUUGUGAAGAACCUCUGCUACUUCUUCGGCGUUUCGGGUGAGGACACGGAGACGGAGCGCCAGGCCUGGGUGGAAGACGUGGCUCGGGCCGUGCACCUGGUCACCCAGUCCUUAUUCCCGCCCUUCAGCAUCUCCUGCGAGCCCAUUUGUGCGGCUGCCGUGACGGCCCGGCGCUUGAUGGCGGGCUACGUGAUCUACCAUUCGGGGGACGAUGUCGCUACAGUCCUGUAUGGUGAGCUCUCCGCGCACGCGCGAGGGAGCGACCUCGCACGUUUGGCCUUCUAUGAGAACGAGCAAUGCCAACGGUUGGCUAUGGAGAUUUGGCUCUCAGUGGCCAGCAGUUGCUUUGAGAAGGUGGGUGUCUCCUGCACUUGCUUCUGCAUCAAUGGCCAUGACUUCAGUGCGCGGACCAUCGCUGAACGGAAGUUGUGGCUGAGGGCCAUCUCCAACAUCAAGGUGAAACUGCAGAAUGCCGCUCCAGCGCCCUCAAGGGAGGAUCUGGCACACUACCGGGAGGCCAUUGAGGAGCAAGUCCGGUCGCUUGAGAAUAGCUUAGAGGGGCGUGGUCCGGCGGAUGCCUUACUACAACGAAUCCAGUGGGACAAGUCAGAUCUCUCCCGCGAACAACGCGAGAGCGACGAGUGGCCUGGAAACGAGUCAUGUGGUGCCGAUGAGGCGCCUCUGGCGAAGCCUCCACCGAGCCUGAUCCUCUCCGCCGCGCGGCCCUUGAGCUUCGCCACCAAGCCGGUACCCGACCUCCGGCCGACGGAGCGGAGCGUGGCGCGGGAUGUGUCCCGAACGGGGUGAGGAGGUCUCAAACGGUGUGAGCAGAUCGGUUGAGAGGUGGACAUGGUUGAGAGACAUGAUGGGAGCCUGUUGAUUUUUU